AUGACGUGUCUUCCCGGCAAGUUAACAUUCUGGAAGAGCAGCACACCCAGCAGUGUUGUCACUCUGACGGCACCUCCCGGGCUCCUGCGCCGCCAGAGUUGGAUGUGUUUCCGCUCUGCUUUUUCUGUGAAUAAUUGCACCAGGUUUUGUGUGUGUGUGGCGCCCUGUCUGGAGGCGCACAACAUUUUCAGCAAACGGGGAUUCAGUGUCCGGUCCUUUGGAACGGGAACCCACGUGAAGCUCCCAGGACCAGCACCAGACAAGCCAAAUGUUUAUGAUUUCAAAACUACAUACGACCAGAUGUACAAUGAUCUCCUCAGGAAGGACAAAGAACUCUAUACGCAGAAUGGCAUUUUGCACAUGCUGGACAGAAAUAAGAGGAUCAAACCCCGGCCAGAAAGGUUCCAGAACUGCAGAGACCUGUUUGAUCUGAUCCUCACCUGUGAAGAGAGAGUGUACGACCAGGUGGUGGAAGAUCUGAACUCCAGAGAGCAGGAGACCUGCCAGCCGGUGCACGUGAUCAAUGUGGACAUCCAGGACAACCAUGAAGAGGCCACCCUGGGGGCGUUCCUCAUCUGCGAGCUGUGCCAGUGUAUCCAGCACACGGAGGACAUGGAGAACGAGAUCGACGAGCUGCUGCAGGAGUUCGAGGAGAAGAGCGGCCGCGCCUUCCUGCACACGGUCUGCUUCUACUGAGCCGCCGCCGCGGCCGCGCUUCCCCCGGUUACUACUGUCUCCUCCCUGGUUCUCUGUUUCUACUUCAGGUGACGGCAGCAGCGCCCAGCAAUCUGUACUGACGGAAAGAUGCACAGAAACACCGCAUUAAAAACAUCCAGUUUUCCUUUCCCACUUUCACUUAUGAGUGGGAUGUCAACGAUGAAGCUUGCUUUCUUUACCCAAAAACAUAAAUGGCGGUUUAUAGUACAUUUUCCCCAUACGUUUGUGGCUCUCACUGUGGUUCCUUCCCCUGCGCCCCCCAGACUCGCUCCAAUGUACAGAUAACCUGGACGAAGCCAUAGGCUCCUGCCAGGAAAGAACCUGCAGUCAUCCAAUAAACAGAUGCCGCUGGCUGCC